UCAGCUGUUGGAAGCAGAGCAGCACAAGGAAGGAUACGGUCAUGUCCCAACAGAGAACCCUCCGGCUGUCCUCACAGCUGCACACUAGCACUGUCUAUGUGCUGGGCACAGAAAUCUCUCUCGACAUACGUGGAUCAGCCCCGAAGGACGCUACGUCGUUCAAUGUCCGUGGCACCCCUGGUGUUGACAUCUAUAUUGUCCACAACCCUCAGGUUGCCAAGGUACCAACGUGUGUGCCCAGAUGGCCCCUAGAUGAUGAGGUGGAGGUGAUGGUGACUAUGAAGGCCCCGAGCAAAGACAUCAAUGAUCAUAAGGUUAGGAUUUCAUACUACGGGCAAGAUGGGGGGACAGCUAUACAUAGUACCAUGCUCUACCUUACCUGUAUUGACGUCUCCCUGGAUGCUGAUACAACUCGCAGCGGGGUGGUGCAGAGGGGAACAACAGAUAAGAAAGAGUGGAUAUGGGGCCCAGAUGGGCAAGGAGCUAUUCUACUGGUUAACUGUGAUAGGGAUGACCCAAAGUCCUCCGAGAUGGACAACAUGGAUUUCUGUGUGCGAUCUUAUGCAGACCUUCGGGACAUGUCAUGUAUGAUCUUGAGAACGCAAGGCCCUGAUGCAAUCUUUGAUGACCACAAGCUGGUUCUUCAUGUUUCCGUGUCCGAUGCAGACAAAGUGGGAGUUUUCCACGCGCGGGGCGAUGACGUUCUCCAGCAGUAUGAGCACGUGCUGGGGUCACACGAGCUCUCCUACGUAGUGGAGCAUGCCAGCGGACGAGAGGAGGAUACCUUCUACGUGGAGGGGCUGGCCUUCCCGGACGCUGACUUCUCGGGGCUGGUAUCCUUCCACGUCACCCUGCUGGACACGCCCACUGAGAGUCUUCCUGAGACCCCGAUUUUCACAGACACGGUGGUUUUCCGGGUGGCUCCCUGGAUAAUGACUCCCAACACUCAGCGGCCUCUGGAGGUGUUUGUCUGCAGUUUGAGUGACAAUGCUGACGUCGUGGAAGCCAUGAGCGAACUCGCACAGAAAGCCCACUGCAAGUUGACCAUCUGCCCGGAGGUGGAGAACCGUGGGGACCGCUGGAUCCAGGAUGAGAUGGAGCUCGGCUAUGUACAGGCUCCCCAUAAAACCUUUCCCGUGGUCUUCGACUCGCCCAGGGAUAGAGAGCUGCAGGACUUCCCUUUUAAGAGCAUCUUGGGCCCCGAUUUUGGCUACGUGACCCAAGAACCUUUUAACGAAAUCGUCUCCAGCCUCGACUCUUUUGGGAACCUGGAAGUCAGCCCCCCGGUGACCGUCCGUGGGAAGGCGUAUCCCCUGGGGAGGAUCCUCAUUGGAAGCAGCUUUCCCAGGGUUGGCGGCAGGAGGAUGACGAAGGCCGUCCGGGACUUCCUCUACGCCCAGAAAGUGCAGCCCCCCGUGGAGCUCUAUGUCGACUGGCUGUGUGUGGGUCACGUGGAUGAAUUCCUGAGCUUUGUCCCAGCCCUGGGCCGACAGGGUUUCCGGUUGCUCUUAGCCAGCCCCCGUGCCUGUUACAAACUCUUGACAGAGAAGCAGGAAGAGGGCUAUGGAGAUGCCAGGCUGUUUGAAGGGUUGGAGACGGUCCCCACGACAACGAUAGAUGAGAUUCUGGCCAAUGAAAGCCUGCGGCGGGACAAUGACUAUGUUCAGAGCUGCAUCGACUGGAACCGAGACAUCCUAAAACGGGAGCUGGGCCUGAGCGAGAGAGACAUCCUAGACCUUCCGCAGCUCUUCUCCGUCCUCGACGAGGAAGCCAGUGCUUUCUUCCCAGACAUGGUGAACAUGAUCGUCCUGGGGAAACACCUGGGCAUCCCAAAGCCGUUUGGGCCGAUCAUCGACGGGCGCUGCUGCCUGGAAGAGAACGUCCGCUCCCUGCUGGAGCCGCUGGGACUGACCUGCACCUUCGUCGAUGACUUUUUCUCCUACCACGCCCUGCUGGGGGAGAUCCACUGCGGCACCAAUGUCCGCAGAAAACCCUUCUCCUUCAAGUGGUGGAACAUGAUUCCCUGAACAUGGAUCCACCUGUAAAAGCUCAAGGCUUUAUUCAGAAGAGGGAAUGAAGGAGGAACGUGACGUUGCGGUACAGUCUCUUGGGGGUCGCCUCCCCCACCGCUGAACUUGUAACUUUAAUUAAAAAAUAAGGUCCUCGGGAAACCCCAAAGUAACGAGCCUCUUGUGAAAUCACUAGCUGCCCCCUUCCCUUCUCUGCUGCAGUGUGCUUGGAUUGUAACAUUUCUCCCUCCUCCCCCAAGUUUCUUGCUGCUCAUCAUAUAUAGGAUCUUUUUAAGCUGGACCUUGCCACCUCAUUUAUUAUAGCUGGCUAGGGCCGAAACAUCCCCAUCAGCAUGUAUUUAUUUUCUUCUGUAUGGUAGAGAAGUAUUGGUCAACUCCAUUUGACUGGGAAACC